AUGCCAGCUCCUCGUCCCUCUCUGAGUGCAGAAGCCGCGCGCGCCGCUGCCCUACAGGCUGAGUUUAACGAAAAGAAAUGGGUGUGGGUACCAGAUGAGAAAGACGGUUAUCUCGCUGGUUGGGUACACCAAGAAGAUGAUGAGACCGCAGAAAUCGUCAUGUCCUCUGGGGGCGAGAUUCGCCGAGUCCCUUUGUAUGCACUCUCCAAGAUGAACCCUCCCAAGUUCGAUCGCGUCGACGACAUCGCAGAUCUCACAUUUUUAAACGAAGCGAGUGUCGUGCAUAAUCUACGUUUAAGGUAUGGAUCUGGAGCUAUUUAUACAUACUCUGGCUUAUUCUUGGUCGCUAUCAACCCUUACCAGAACCUGCCGUUGUAUACAGACGCAAUCAUAUCGCAGUAUCGCAGUAAACGACGGGAUGAGAACCCUCCUCAUAUAUUUGCAGUCGCCGAGCGCGCAUGGGUUAACAUGGGGGAGGAGCGCGAAAACCAGAGCAUUCUCAUAACUGGAGAAUCUGGCGCAGGAAAGACCGAAAGCACGAAGAAAGUUAUUCAAUACCUGUCUGCCAUAGCAACUGAUGCACACCCACCCCAUCCUUCACAUUCACAUUCUGCUUCCAUGUCAUCUUCAUUCCCCGCAUCCCCACCUUCGGGCCUGCCCAGAAGAAGCUCUUUACGUACGAAAACCACUCAUAUUGCGUCCAACAGCACUGGAGGCGCCAAGGGUCGCCUAGGCUUACUCGAGCGACAGAUUCUCCAAGCGAAUCCCAUCCUUGAGGCAUUUGGUAACGCGCAAACUCAGCGGAACAACAACUCAAGUAGAUUCGGGAAGUUUAUUAGAAUUAGCUUUUCUCUAGACGGAAGUAUAUCUGGGGCGAACAUUGACUGGUACCUGCUGGAGAAGAGUCGAGUAGUAGUGCGCAGUGCUGCGGAGCGCAACUUCCACGUAUUUUAUCAGUUAUUAUCAAGUGGAGGAUCAUUAAAGGGCAAACCUCUAGAAGAAUACGAAUUUCUCAACAAAAGCAGGCGAGAGGUUGACGGCGUCAAUGAUCGCGAAGAUUGGGACGCUCUGAUAAGUGCUCUUGAUAUUGUUGGCUUCACGGUUACCGAGCAGUUCGACCUUUUCCGUAUCGUCGCAGCUAUUCUCCACAUUGGCAACAUCGUCAUUCGCUCUACAAAGUCGGAUGACGCAUUCAUGCCAGAUCCGUCGCAAGCCGAGCGUGUCUGCCAUUUGCUCGGUAUUCCCAUCGCAGAGUUUACGAGAGCUAUUUUGCGGCCCAGGGUUCUCGCUGGACGUGAGUGGGUAACGCAGGCGCGGACGGGGCAACAGUCUCUUGACGAACUCGCAUCCUUGAGCAAGUCGUUGUACGAGAAGUCCUUUGGUGCACUGGUUGAGCGCAUCAACCGUGCGCUAGAUCGUCCGUCCUCAAAGUCGACGUUCAUCGGUGUUCUUGACAUCGCAGGUUUCGAGAUAUUCGAGAUCAACACAUACGAGCAGCUGCUCAUCAACUAUACCAACGAGAAACUGCAGCAGUUUUUCAAUCACCAUAUGUUCGUCCUCGAGCAGGAAGAGUAUUCCAGGGAAGGCAUAGAAUGGGAUUACGUGAAUUUCAAGCUGGACUUGCAACCGACCAUCGACCUCAUUGAGAGCAGUGGGAAUGCCAUAGGCAUCCUCAGUUGCUUAGACGAGGAAUGCAUCAUGCCCAAAGCCACUGAUCUCACAUUCACGGAGAAAGUUCAUUCGAUUUGGAGUGGAGAUCUGCGCGCAACAGAACUUCCUCAUCCAGGUCGUUCGAAAUACACCCUACCGAAGUUCGAACAGGGUUUCAUCAUCACGCACUACGCCGGAAAAGUCGAGUACCGCACUGACGGGUGGUUGGAGAAGAACAAAGAUCCCCUCAACGAUAAUCUGACUCGUGUACUGGCGUCGUCGUCCGAACCUUACGUGGCCUCGCUUUUCCAAGAUUUUGCUGGCGUCUUCGCCGACAUCCCCCCGUCCUCCAGUACUGGGUUUUCCACAGGGAAAAGGCGCCCCAUCAAGAGAGGGGCGUUCAGAACUGUCGGCCAGCGGCACAAGGAGCAAUUGGCCCUUCUCAUGGCACAGUUGCAGGCGACACAACCACAUUUCGUGCGUUGCAUCGUGCCCAACGUCAACAAGAAACCUGGAAGGGUAGACGUGCCUCUAGUCCUUGAUCAAUUACGUUGCAAUGCGCGUCUUGGUUAUCCCAAUCGGCUCCCUUUCGUCGAGUUCCGCCAGCGCUACGAGAUCAUGACUCCAGGCGUUAUUCCUCGUGGAUAUAUGGAUGGUCGCAAGGCAUGCAUCCGUAUUGUAGAAGCUUUGGAUCUCGACACCGAGUUGUUCCGGGUGGGAACGUCCAAGAUAUUUUUCAAGGCCGGAGUCCUCGCGGAUCUUGAGGAGCGGCGGGAUGCCCUUCUAUUCGACGUUUUUUCGAGACUACAGGCUGUCGCCAGGAAGUUCUCCGCGCGAAGACAGAUGAAAAAGGUUCUUAACCGUGCGGUAGCGAUACGAACGAUCCAGCGCAAUGCUCGUGUGUACGGGGAGUUGCGAGAUUGGCCAUGGUGGCAAUUGUAUACGAAAGUAAGGCAAUCAUUUGAUUAUCUCAAACAGGUUCGUCCGUUACUCGCCGCGACACGAAACGAUGAAGAGCUCAGAAGGAAAGAUGUUGAGCUGCAACUCGUCAAGGAGAGAGCGGAGCGCGAUCAACGAGAACGGGAAAGCCUGGAGAACGUGAAGAUGACUCUUCAGGCGGAGAAACGAAAGAUCAUCGAAGACUUGGAAGCGGAGCGUGCGCUUGCCCUCGACAAAGACGCUAUGUUGGACAGAAGCAAAAAGAGGGAAGCAGAACUCGAAGAAGAAAUCGUUGCCUUACACGCUGACCUUGAUGUCCUCGAUUCGCAACUGGAUCGUGCCCUACGUCUUCAGAAGGAGGGCGAUGAGAAGCAUGAAACUUUGCGCAUCGCAUUCGAUCAGGCUGCGGAGCAUCUUGUCCGCAUGGAGGGUCAACAAAACGACUGGCGAGAUAAAGAGGCGGAACUUUCGGACAUCCUAUUGACGCAGGAGAGCAGCAUGGUCCAGCUGCAACAGGAACAGCAGGCUCUCCAGAAAGCUAAUGAAGACCUCAGAGCCCUUGUUUCGCAGCGCGACGAAGAUUUGGCGCGUAUCAAGGAGCGUUUUGAGGCUUCAGUGAGCGACUUGCAGGCUAAGCUCGAUGUGGAAAUUCGAUUAAAAGAGUCGCUCGGCAGCAAGGUCGAGCAACUGGAAAGAGGCUCCAGGCUUCUUAAACAGCAGCUAACAGAGAUGGCUCGUACCUCCGCUGAGUAUUCGGCUAUGAUCCAGAACAAGGAGGACCAAAAUUCUCAGCUGCUCUCUACCAUCACCGCAUCCACAGACGAACGUUCUCGACUGCAAAAGGAGAUUCGAGCGGAGAUCCAUGCUUCCAGGACCGAUUUAGACCGCGAGCUGGACGAGCUCCGCGCAAUCAUGGAGACGAAGACCUCCGAAGACGCCCGACGGCUUGAAGUCGAGAAAAGCAAAGAGGAAGAACUCGUCGAGCUCCGUCGUCACGUUCUACGCGAAAAUGCUCUCGACAAGGAAAGCAAGCUGAUAACAGAGCUAGACGAGAUGCAUCGUCAGCACAAGCUGCUGGAUUCGGCUCACGUCUCUCUUUUGGAGCGCGAGCGAGGCUUGAAGGAACGGACGUCGAAGGUGGAGGCAAUAGUCGUGGAUGUGGAAAAAGCCAAGAGAGCAUUGCGAUCCCCGGAGACAUCGAGGGCGAAAGAGAUUCUGGAACGACAACUUCACGCUGCUCAGACCAAAUAUAAUGAAAUCGAGGACACGAUUUUGCAGAUGGAAAGAGAUGCUCACGCUGGCGAACGCCAGUUGGAAACCUUGAGGAAGCAACUGGAAUCCGAGUCAUCCAAAGGAAGGAGCCAGGAACGCAUUGCAAAAUCCGACCAAGAUCUCAACAAGGCAAUCACUGAUCUCAAGAAUCGAGAGUGGGAGCUCAAGCAAAUGGAGAGCAAACAGGAUAAGACGAUUGUUGAACACGUCUACGUUCUGGAGAAGGCCAAAAAAGUGACCGAUCAGCAACUUAAAGAUGCGCAGGAGCAGCUGCAGAAGGACGCUGUUUAUAUCCGAUCUCUGGAGAAAGCCAAGGCAAGCCUCACCCGGGAGGUAGAAGAUUUCGCCAGGGGGGGUGGGGUGGAUCAGGCGGAGCGUAGGGCUUCUGAACGGGCUGCCAAGUUUCUCGAAGAGAAGGCUAACAAAGCACUCGCCAGCGCAGAAGCAAAAGCCAAAACAGAACGUGCUGAAUCCUCUGGUAAAAUUUGA